UGGGACCAAGACCUUUCAGUAGUGAGCCCAUUUUCUCUCAGGAGUCGAGUUUUCAAACUUUUCAUUGUAGCCGGAAUACAAACCUCACCCGUCUUCUGCUCCAACUGAAACUCCCAGGACUCGGAAACCACUUUGCCACACUCAGUUACUGAUCAAUCUGGAAACUGGACAGCAUUGCUCAACCAGGAAGAAAUGAGCGCUUUCAAGGCUUUUAAAGCUUGCGUGCCAAUUGAAUGGAGUGAUAAGCUCUACAUAACCCUUGUUAGGGGUAUACCUGGAACCAGGGAGCUCCAUAGGCGGACAUUAGAGGCGCUGCGCCUUCGCAAAUGCAACCGCACAGUUGUGCGAAAAAAUACUCCUACAGUUCGUGGAAUGCUUCAGCAGGUAAAACGAUUGGUUGCAAUUGAGACAAAGGAAAUGCACGAGGCUCGGAAACGAAGAGACGCUAAUCACAGAGCUCUGCGAGCACCGUUGGUUAUUAGUCAUCAUCCAGCCCCAAAGACUGAAUCCUUUCAGUUAUCUUAGAGAUUCUUCGAGAUACAUAGCAUAGUACUGAUUGUGAUUCAGAUCUUUGAAGAACAGAAGUUUCAUUAGUGGCCGAACUUGUGUUAAAGCUUGUAAUCUCCUGGCGGAUGAAUAAAAUUUGAAGUGUUGCAAAUUUAGUUCAGACUGCAGAGACAUAGGCAGUUAAUGCUUUUUUCAUGAGAGGUUUUUUCUUUUGGAAUGAGAUCAUAGAUUAGUGGACUAAACCGUCGGAUUUAUUUGGCACUCAUGUUUGUAGAAAACCGUUUUACACCAUAAACCAUUAGUAUUAUUUAGAAUA